AUGUCGCAAGUCAUCGCAUUCGUGAGUGGAGCAACCGGCAAACAAGGCGGUGCCACAGCGCGCGAGCUCGUUACUGCCGGAGUCCAAGUACACGCACUUGCCCGGGACCCGUCCUCCAAGUCAGCCGUGGAGCUCCAGCGCCUCGGCGUGCGACUCUUCCCCGGCGACUAUGACAAGCUCUUCGCCCUGAAAGCAGCGAUGGAGGGCGCGACGGCCGUCUUCCUGAAUGUGUCGCCCACGCUGUCCGACCCCCGAUGCGAGGUGGUGCAUGCCAAGAACAUCCUCGACGCGGCGAUCGCAUCCGGCACCGUGACCAGCAUCGUCUACUCGGGCGUGGCGAUGACCGGACAGCACGAAUCGUUCCCCAACUGGGGCCCCGAGUACCCGCUGCGGUGGUACUGGGAGAACAAAGCCGGCAUCGAGGCCAUGGUGCGCGCCUCGGGACUGCAACACUGGACGAUCCUGCGGCCCGCCUUCCUCAUGCACAACUACCACGCGCCGACGGCGGCGUACAUGUUCCCGGAGCUGAUCCAGCAACGGGCCUUUCGGACGGCCUACAAGCCCGAGACGGCGAUGACGGUGCUGGCAGCCGAGGACGUGGGCAGGUUCGCGGCGGCGGCCCUCACCGACCCGCGAGCCUUCCACACCCACGAGAUCGACUUGGGGGUCGAGUCGCUCACGCCGGCGCAGAUCGUGCAGGAGCUGUGCAGGGUCAGCGGGGAGGAGGUUGAGCUGGAAUUCUACGGUGAGGAGGAAGCGAAAGCCUUGGCCCAGAGGGAUCCCAGAUUCUACGCCCAACUGUGGACGAAUGAGGUGGGCUACCAGGUCGAUUACACGGCCCUCGAGAAGUACCCGAUUCGCUUGACAAGAUUCGCGGAUUAUCUGGACAAGCAUCGCGACGAGGUUCGCGCGAUGUUCAAGUGA